AUGACACGAAAGCGGUCGUUGACGCGGUACCACAAAGUCGCACUUAUCAUCGCGUCGCAGCUGCUGCUCUUCUGGCUGUAUGUGCUGUAUACACCGCUGGACGACAAUGGACUCCAAGGCGACGCGUUUCUGCCGUCUUCGAAUUCCUUACGUCGCUGCGUCUCCAGUGCCCAUCGCGACAGUCGCUAUGUCCGACCAGAAGUGUGCGUUGCUGUGCCGCAGCGCGUAAAGGCGUUAGCCGAUCUGCUGUACGCUCUAACGGUGUUACUGGAGAACGCCCAAGUGGUCUACUGGAUUGACAGUGGCACUUUAUUAGGCGUCUACAGGGCGCAGCAGCUCAUUCCAUGGGACUACAACGCAGACGUAGGGGUCACGACGGCUGGUGCGGACUACCUCCGAUCGACGGAUCGAAAGGCACUGGAAGUGCCGGAAGGCUACGAGCUCACAGUGUUCAACAGCUCUCUUCACGAAGCGGGCGAGACGACAACGGCAGUGCCCGUGAGGUUCGUGGACACCACGUUCGGGUUCUACGUCAACGUCUUUGCGUUUCAAGAAUCCCACGGACUCUUCACGGACGACGUGAGACCAUUGACAGCGCCAACAGUGGCAGAAGACGUGGUGGGCGACGGGAUUGCCGUCGAGACGAUGGUGGGGCCAGAGCCGUCGGUGAUCUGGCAUCGGUGUGUCCAUUGUCCGGUCAUUCAGGAGACGGACGACAGUGUCCUGUCGAAGGCGCUGAGCGCUGCGGCGGUGAAACAAUUCCGUGUUCCGCGAGAUUGGGUGUUCCCGUUGCGAAUAUGCAAAGUCGAGCUGUUUGAAGUCAUGUGCCCCGCGCAGGCAGUGCCCUACCUCAUGUACAUCUUUGGCAACCGAUUCUUGACGCCCGAGAUAUGGGACUAA